AUGGUAGAGAUUUCAUUAGAUGUAAAGAAUGAUUAUAUCUAUUCGAUUGUUUUGCCUACUUAUCAUUUGAGAGAUCCUACUCCCAAAUAUCCCGCAUAUAGCCGUUGUACUGCAUAUUAUGAUCAAUUUUUCAUAUUCGAUAGAUAUACCAUGGAAGAAACGUUGGAUGAAAUCGACGGUAAGUUUCGAUCUGGAAAACAUACAGAAGCAAUUACCGAAACGCAGGAAUUCAUUGAGAAGAUUCAGACUGAAGAAUCUGCGAAACCUCUACUUUAUAACGCAUUCAAUCAUCUUGGAAGAUAUUUGAAUUUUAUGGGAAAACAUGUUGAGGCAGUUCAAGCUUGGGAGGAUGGUUUGAAAGUUCUGGAAGACAGUGGAUUGGACGGUGAUAAAUUGAUCGAUUGGAUUAAUACUUCAAUUCAAGCAGCUCGGAUCACUCAUCGACAAGGUAAAAACCAGGAGAUCUCUUGGUUGAUUACAUAA